UCAAUUGCGCUGAGUGCAACUCUCGUUUGGGAGAGUUGAGCUCGUCAUCUCCAGAGCUUGUGAUCCAACCCAAUCGAAACGACGUCGUUGAAACAAGGCCUCAACCACCGCAGAUCUGAACCCCAUUCCUUGAUCUGUUUGGCAUCGGAUCCACUGGAUCGGAGAUGCCGGUGGCUGCUUCCGCUAUCUACUUCUUGAAUCUCCGGGGCGACGUCCUCAUCAAUCGCCUCUAUCGCGACGAUGUCGGGGGAAACAUGGUGGAUGCCUUUCGGAUGCAUAUAAUGCAAACAAAAGAACUUGGCACAUGUCCUGUGCGGCAGAUUGGAGGUUGCUCUUUCUUUUAUAUGAGAAUCAGCAAUGUGUACAUUGUGAUUGUGGUCAGCAGCAAUGCCAAUGUAGCUUGUGCAUUCAAGUUUGUUGUUGAGGCUGUUGCGCUGUUCAAAUCUUAUUUUGGUGGGGCUUUUGAUGAAGAUGCUAUUCGUAACAACUUUGUUCUGAUUUAUGAGCUAUUGGAUGAAAUCAUGGACUUUGGUUAUCCACAAAAUCUUUCUCCAGAAAUUUUGAAGCUCUACAUCACCCAAGAAGGAGUUCGGUCUCCAUUCUCAUCCAAGCCUUCAGAUAAACCAGUCCCCAAUGCAACUUUACAAGUUACAGGUGCUGUUGGUUGGAGGAGAGAGGGCCUUGUUUAUAAAAAGAAUGAGGUGUUUCUGGAUAUUGUGGAAAGUGUUAAUCUUCUAAUGUCUUCCAAAGGUAGCGUUCUACGCUGUGAUGUAACUGGAAAAAUUCUAAUGAAAUGCUUCCUCUCUGGAAUGCCUGAUUUGAAGUUGGGUUUAAAUGAUAAAAUUGGCCUUGAGAAAGAGUCCCAACUUAAAUCCCGUCCUGCUAAAAGUGGCAAAACCAUUGAGCUUGAUGAUGUUACUUUCCACCAGUGCGUAAAUUUGACGAGGUUUAACUCAGAAAAGACCGUCAGUUUUGUGCCACCAGAUGGUGAAUUUGAAUUGAUGAAGUAUCGUAUCACCGAGGGUGUAAAUCUUCCAUUCCGAGUAUUGCCAACAAUUAAGGAACUGGGUCGGACACGCAUGGAAGUGAAUGUCAAGGUCAAGAGUGUAUUUGGUGCAAAAAUGUUUGCUCUUGGAGUUGUUAUUAAGAUUCCAGUACCAAAGCAGACAGCAAAAACGAGUUUCCAAGUUACAUCAGGUCGAGCAAAGUAUAAUGCUGCUACUGAUUGUUUGAUCUGGAAGAUAAGAAAGUUUCCUGGACAAACUGAGCCAACAAUGAGUGCAGAAGUAGAGUUGAUUUCCACGAUGGCAGAAAAGAAGUCUUGGACCAGGCCACCGAUUCAGAUGGAAUUCCAGGUUCCCAUGUUUACAGCAUCUGGUUUACGCGUUCGGUUUCUUAAGGUCUGGGAGAAGAGCGGGUACAAUACCGUUGAGUGGGUGCGCUAUAUUACCAAAGCCGGUUCAUAUGAAAUUAGGUGCUAGAGUUGUGAAAUGCAGGUGUGAGGCUUCUUAGAAGACAUGAUCAGGGUGGAGAAAUGGAAACAUGUACUAGCAGCUGGGGUGGGUUGUAAGGAUUUAUGCCAUAAUUUUGCUCACGUGGACAUGGUGAAGUAGCUUCCAGUCAUCCCUCUCAAAAGAUGCUGCUUCCAAUCUAGUUUCUUGUAUUAUCCAGGCACUUGUCAUUUAUGGUAGCAGUGUUCUGUCAAUAUAUUUGAUUAUUUGGAGUGGAAAACUGAUAUUGUGAUUUGGUUUUUGUGUUGUAAAGGCUAUAUGUAGUCCUAUCUCAAAAACACUGAAUAUUUUCUACUACUACACUCUGCAACAAUUUUUUUUUUUUUCCUUUUAAAAAGGUUUGAUCUCAUAUUUGUCACAAAUAAAAGAUUGUCCAAUUGCUUUGGAGUUGGGGUCUUGGAACCUGCCA